AUGGCACGAUACCUCACCACCUCGACCGCGCGUCUCGCCGCCCCGGCCGCCUCGAGCCACCCGUCCCUCCGUCUCCCCGCCGACUACGUCCCGCCGACGAAGCCCCCAUCAGCGCGCCCCCCCGAAACACGCAAGUCUCAGCUCAUCCGAACCUACACCUCGCUCCUCCGCACAACGCCCCUGAUCCUCUUCUUCCAGCACAGCAACCUCACGGCCGACGAGUGGUCCGCCCUGCGCCGCGAGCUCAACGCCUCCCUUGCCGCCGCCACGCCUGAGGGCUCCGCCGUCGACGGUCGCGACGUCCACCUCCAAGUCCUGCGCACUCGCAUGUUCAACGUUGCCCUGAAGCUGGCUGAAUUCUACGACCCCGAGGUCGCCAAGGCCAAGCCUGGCGUGCAGACGGGCACCAGGGGCCCUCUCGUGCACGAUCUGAGCACAGCGGCGUACGAGGCCAUGAAGAACUUUGAGGCCCCUGAGGACUCGGCCUAUGCGCAGAUCUCGCCGCUGCUGUGCGGCCCGACGGCGGCGCUCGUUUUCCCCGCCGUGUCGCCCGCGCACCUGGCGGCGGCGUUGAAGAUCCUCUCGCCUAGCCCGCCCAAGUUCCCCGCGCCGACGCGCAAAAAGAACCCGGGCUACUACGAGCCGCAGUGCCAGAGCGCGCUGCAGAAGCUGCUGCUUGUCGGUGGACGGAUCGAGGGCGAUGUGUUUGACGUCGAGGGCGUCAAGUGGGUUGGCGGUAUCGAGGGCGGCCUCGACGGGCUGCGGGCGCAGCUCGUGUACCUGCUCCAGAGCGCUGGCUUGGGUCUUACUACUGCCCUUGAGGGUGGAAGCAAGAGCCUAUGGUUGACAUUGGAGGGACGGAGGACGCAGUUAGAGGAUGAGGGUAAAGAGGGCGAGAAGAGGACCGAGGAGACUAAGAGCGAGUAG